AUGAAUUCACUCUCGCCUCUUCGUUCAACUCUCAAUCGCAGUUCUUUUGCAGCUCGCCAAAUCGCCAUACGCCCUGUGACAUUGCCCAUCUUACACAAGCGAAACGAGGCCAGUUAUCCUGGUCUGAAACCCGGAAGCGAAAACUUUGCACAUGCAGCACAAAACAUCCGAGAAGAGGCCGCCAAGUCGGGGAAGGAUAUCGCUGCAGCUAUUGCUGGCGUCAACGUCCCAAAGGAUGGUUUUAUGGGAGUGACUGGUUUUGUCGCGUCUGAAGUUCCCAAGCCAGUUAUGGUAUUCGGUCUUGCUGGUGGCAUUCCUUAUCUCGGUGCGGGGGCAACCACAGUCUAUCUUGCUUAUCAGGCUGGCCUUGCCACUUCCGGCCAAGUUGGCAAUAUCGAUCCCGGAGUUGCGACCACUAUUCUUGAUCAAGCGCUCAAUGUGCAAACAACAUACGGAGCCGUGAUGCUCAGUUUCUUGGGGGCUCUUCAUUGGGGAAUGGAGUUCUCUGGGCUAGGUGGUCAUCAGGGCUGGAAGAGGUUGGCAUUGGGAGCAGCACCUGUGUUGUAUGCUUGGCCAACUUUGGCACUUGACCCGACCAUGGCUCUUGCUGCGCAAUGGGCUGGCUUCACCGGUUUGUGGUGGGCAGACUUGAAGGCCACACAAGCUGGUUGGACACCCAAAUGGUACGCGCAAUACCGCUUCUAUUUGUCCAUUCUAGUUGGCACUUGUAUUCUGGGCUCUCUGGCUGGGGUAACAUACUGGGGCCCGGUAGGAGGACAUGGUCACGAUCUCCACCUCAUUCGCGAGCAACGCAGAGCUUUAGCAACCAAGCCAGAGGAUGUGUCCGGUAGUGAGGUUACUUUGGUCAAGGGCGAUGAGACUUGGACGCGGUUGCGCAAGACAGAAGAUUUGAAGCGUGAACAAGCCGAGAAGGAGGGAAAGAAGCUUGAAGAAAAGAAAGAGCAUGACGAAUGA